GAGAGAGAGAGAGAACCCUGGCAUGGCGUCUAGGGUUCCGAUCUGCUUCUGCAUUUUCGUUUUAUGUCUUUUCACUUCGUUGCAUAGAUUAGUCUCUGCUGCCGAAGAAGAAGGCAAGGCUGGGGAGUUUGUGGUCACUCUUGAUAACUCCAACUUCACUGAUACUGUUAACAAGCAUAACUUCGUUGUCGUUGAGUUCUAUGCUCCAUGGUGUGGUCAUUGUAAGAAUCUUGCUCCUGAGUAUGAGAAAGCUGCAUCAGUUUUGAGUAGUCAUGACCCUCCUAUAGUUCUUGCUAAAGUGGAUGCCAAUGAUGAAGUAAACAAAGGACUUGGCACUGAAUUUGAGAUAAGGGGCUUCCCUACUAUCAAGAUUCUAAGAAAUGGAGGAAAGACUGUUCAAGACUACAAAGGUCCUAGGGAUGCUGAUGGUAUAGUGACAUAUUUGAAAAAGCUAGCUGGUCCAGCAUCAGCUGAGAUUAAAUCUGUUGUAGAUGCUGGAAAUCUUAUUGAUGACAAAAAGAUUUUUAUUGUUGGGGUUUUCUCAGAAUUUUCGGGGGAGGAAUUUGAAAACUUUACACAAUUAGCAGAGAAGUUGCGCUCCGACUAUGAUUUUGCUCAUACCUUGGAUGCAAAACACCUUCCAAGAGGGGAAUCAACAGUUAGAGGGCCUACUGUUAGGUUGUUCAAGCCAUUUGAUGAACUUGUUGUUGAUUUCCAGAAUUUUCAUGUUGAUGCUCUGGAGAACUUUAUCGAAGAAGUUAGUGUGCCUAUUAUCACUCUUUUCAACAAGGAUCCUAGCAACCAGCCAUUCGUUGUAAAAUUCUUUAACAGUCCUAAUGCCAAGGCAAUGCUGUUUUUGAACUUCGGUAGUGAGCUUGUUGAUGCUUUCAAGUCAAAAUACCAUGAUGUUGCAGUGCAGUACAAAGGAAAGGGAGUAGCCUUUUUAUUGGGUGACCUUGAGGCCAGUCAAGGUGCAUUCCAGUAUUUUGGUCUUCAAGAGGAUCAGGUGCCUCUCCUUAUCAUACAGAACAAUGAUGGCAAGAAAUAUUUCAAACCAAAUCUGGAUCCUGAUCAUAUUGCACCCUGGUUGAAGGAGUACAUGGAUGGAAGUUUAAAGCCGUAUGUGAAGUCAGAACCUAUUCCUGAAGUUAACAAUGAACCAGUGAAGGUUGUGGUUGCUGAUAACCUCCAGGAUGUUGUUUUCAACUCUGGAAAGAAUGUUCUGCUGGAGUUUUAUGCACCUUGGUGUGGACACUGCAAGAAGCUGGCUCCGAUCUUGGACGAAGUUGCUGUUGCUCUCCAGAGUGAUGCUGAUGUCAUCAUUGCAAAGAUAGAUGCAACUGCGAAUGACAUUCCCACUGAUACUUUUGAUGUUAGAGGUUACCCAACCGUGUACUUCAAAACAGCUAGCGGCAACCUUUCGCAGUAUGAUGGUGAUAGAACAAAGGAGGAUAUCCUCGAUUUCAUUCAGAAGAACCGAGAUAAAACAGGUAAGCAGGAAUCUGUAAAAGACGAGCAGCAGUCAGCAAAGGACGAGCAAGACUUGGUAAAAGAUGAGCUGUGAUGUAUAAUGGGAGGAUUUGCUUCCUGAAACUACAAGGAUGCAAACACCGUGGGCUACAGUGGUAGAGUAGCAACUAGCAAACAGAAGAAACAUGCUCAAGGGAUUACCCUGAAUAAAACGGAAAAUAGGUGCUUUUUUGUUGUCCAACUUUAGUUUUAUCUUUUUCUUAUCGCUAUCUUGUUUAGGGUAGAAUGGGUAAACAGUUAUCCGGAUUCCGGAUGUAGUUUAAAGUUUAGUUUAUCACAAAAUCAGAGCUCUU